AUGUCCAUAACCAAUUGGUCACUUAUUUCAUUACUUUCAUCAUCAAUUGAACAAUGUAAAUCAAUUGAAUUUAUGCCAUUAACAUCAACAGAUGAAUAUAAAGUUUAUUGUUACUGUGAAGAAAAUAUUUAUUUAUGUUUGAAUAUACUUGAAAUAAAACCAAUUGUUAGUUUAUGUUACUCAUUUAUUUUUUCGAAAGAUUAUCAACAAGACAAUCAAUUAAAUAUUUCAACUCGUGUUUUACUUUGUUACACAACUGAAUGUUUAACAAGUUGGAAUAUACGGCGACGUUUACUCUUAUCUCGUAUAAUAAAUAUUCAAGAAGAACUUCAAUUUUUAGAUAUUCUUCUUAAUUUAAAACCUAAAAGUGAACAAUUAUUUCGAUAUAGACGUUGGAUAUUAAAACAAGAAGAAAUCGAUAAAGUAUCGACCAAUAAAGAAUUAGAAUUAUGUGAUCGAACAGCUGAAAAACAUUUUAUUAACUACGCAUCAUGGUUACAUCGAAGAUGGAUUAUACAAUAUUCAAACGUAAAUAUUGACGAAGAAUUAGAGCGAAAUCGUCUAUGGUUAGAAAAGAAUUUAUCAGAUUCAAGUGGUUAUUCAUUUCGUGCUCAUCUUUUAUCGAAAAAAGUUUUAGAUGAAAAUUUAAUUCGAAAUGAAUUAAACAUGAAUGAUAAUAUGUUGGAAUUUUACUAUGACAGAGAAUCAUUAUGGAUUUAUAGGCAAACAUUAAUAUUUCUAGCAAUGAAAUUGCAAAUCAUUGAUAAAAAACAAUUAUUAAGUAACGAAUUAGAUUCAAUAAAAAAAAUUCAAGAGAACUUUUUUUCAAAUAGAUAUUCUCGAUUGUUAAAUACACUUUUAUCUAGUGAUGGAAAACAAUUUCGAACUUAA